GAUCCUCUUUCCUCACUGUCUCAUCUCUGGCUCGUCCAUUCAUCCAAGCAAAUUGGGAGACUGAUCAGCCCUUUUCCAACGCCGCUCUCGAAUCACCCCACAGCCCGGCCUCAGCAAUAAAUAGCCCCUUCGGUAGCUGCUCGACUCGCUCUUCUCUCUCCCAUCAUCCUCAAAGCAUCACAGCAUACAUAGAUACACAUACCCUUUCUACUCACCUUCUGCCCUGCUUCAUUCAAGAUGCCUGCAGCCGGCCCCAUGGACGACCAAUGGGUCUCUUUCCACAUCCGGGACCACCUGGACAAGGGCGAGAUCACCGUCCGACACACCGUCAUCGAAGGUGGUGAAUUCCACGACCCCAACAACCGCAGACAGUCCCUCACCGAAGACGAGAUCGAUGAAAUCACCAUCCCCUCGUACGGCAUCGGUGAGAUCUGUGCUCGUGGUCGCCGCGGCAGCGAGGGCCGGCUGGACCUCUUCCACGACGAGGAAAAGAUCUGCGAGUUGCACUGGGAUAAUCGCCAGGGCAAUCCUGUCAACAUCGUCGAGAUGCUGGACAGCAAUAGCAAGUAUCGUGUCGAACAUGGGGGAUGGAGCCCAGAGGCUGGACCUCUGGGCCACGUCUACAUCGACAUUUUGGAGCAGCAGAAGAAGAAGAAUAGCAAAUAACGGCGUUUGGGAUUUAAGGAGUUGUCCGGCGAGUUCCGGAUGCAGCAGUGCUGCAGGAGAGGGCGUUAGCAUAUUUUGAUUUGUUUCUCUUUUGAAAUCGACUGAUUGUGUCGAGUGUCGUAUAGGAGCUGGAAAUCACAUCAUACUCAUAGUCAAUGCGAAGUGAACAUUGUUAUUUCAAA